UGCCAUUACUAUCCUAUCGUUUGGGACCAGACUUUACAAGAUAUCGGAACCCAAUCACGUCUGCUGGGAUGAGACCCACUUCGGGAAGAUGGGCAGUUGGUAUAUCAACCACACCUUCUUCUUCGACGUUCACCCGCCACUCGGGAAGAUGCUGAUAGGACUGGCCGGACACCUGAGCGGAUACAACGGCACGUUUGCGUUCAACAAACCGGGCGACAAAUAUCUGGAUCAGCCGUACGUCGGGAUGAGACUGUUUUGCGUCACUUUAGGUGCACUUAUAGUUCCCAUGAGUUUCGUAAUCGUAUGGAAACUCUCAAAAUCGAUCACUUCUUCCACUUUGGCAUCACUUCUACUUAUUUUCGACGUAGGAAUGAUAACUCUCUCGCAAUACAUACUUCUGGAUCCGAUUCUCAUGUUCUUCAUAACGGCCUCUGCGUUGGGAAGUGUUAUGUUUGGCUCUUAUGGU